AUGAAGGAGAUGACAGAGUUGAUGAAGGUGAUGAAGGAGAUGAAGGCGGGUAUGAAGGAGACUAAGGAUGGGAUGGUAAAUCAGGUGGUAGAGGGGUUGACAGCGGUUCUGGCAGAGGACUCCGAGCGGCAGAGGAGGGAGAGACAAAAGGAGGUGGAGCGUCGGCAGAAGGAGGAAGCGAAGAGGAAAUCAGAGGAAGCCGAGCGACAGGAGAAGGAGAAAAUCGAAGACGAUUACAAGCGGCAGAAGAAAGAGGCGAAGAGGAAGGAAGCCGAGCAACGGAACAAAAAAGAGCAGCAGGACGAACGCUCGCGGCAUAAGGAGAUGGAGAAGGGGAUGAAGGAGAUGAAGGAGGUGAUGAAGGAGAUGAAGGCGGAGCUGACUGAGUUAAAGGAGGGGAUGCUAAGGGAGGUGGAAAAGAGGUUGUCAGCAGUUUUGAGAGAAGACUCAGUGCGGCUGCAGAUGGAGAAACGGCAGGAGGAGGAGCAGCGGAAGGAGGAGGAGAAGAGGAUGGAAGCAGAGGACGCAGAGCGGGUGCACAGGGAGAAACAGCAGCAGGAGGAGCAGCGGAAGGAGGAGGCGAAGAGGCUGGAAGCAGAGGGCGCAGAGCGGGUGCAGAGGGAGAAACAGCAGCUGGAGGAACAGCGGAAGGAGGAGGCGAAGAGGAAAGAAGCAGAGGACGCAGAGCGGGUGCAGAGGGAGAAACAGCAGCAGAAGGAGGAGCGGGAGAAGGAGGAGGUGAAGAGGAAAGAAGCAAAGGACGCAGAGCGGGUGCAGAGGGAUAAUCAGCAGGAGGACGAGCAGCGGGAGAAGGAGGAGGCGAAGAGGAAAGAAGCAGAGGACGCCGAGCGGGUGCAAAGGGAGAAACAGCAGCAGGAGGAGCAGCAGGAGAAGGAGGAGGCGCAGAGGAAAGAAGCAGACGACGCAGAGCGGGUAAAGAGGGAUAAACAGCAGGAGGAGGAGGAGCGGGAGAAGGACGAGGCAAAGAGGAAGGAAGCAGAGGACGCCAAGAGGGAGCAGAAGCGCAGAUUGGAGGAGGAACGCGUGCGAGAGCAGCGGCGAGCAGAGAAGAGGGCCAAAAUAGCGUCCUCCGUGGAACAACAGAGGCUUCUGGAGGCCAAUGUAAAGGCUAUGGCCGAACAAAAAGAACGUUUGGCCCGAGAGAUGGAAGAGGAUGAGUCGACGGCAGAGGGGGGGGGGGGGGCGACCAGGGAAACAGGGGAGGAAGAAAUUACAGAGGGCUUGGGGAGGGUGCAGAUGGAAGAGAGGGGGGAGACGAACGUAAGAGAUGCCGUCGUUGUGGUUGUCGUAGAGAACGUAGUAAGAAAGGCGGCCUAG